GCAAGGAUGCUCUGCCACGCCCUCUACCAGUUCAGAGACUCUUCUCUUCAGUUCUUUGCGAUCCUCCUCUCCCUCCGCAAUUGUCCUGAGAACAGCUGUUUCGCCUCUUGCGUUUGUUCACGCGGCACCCUGGCCAACAGCCGUUUCCCUUACUCUCCCUCUCAUAUCACGUUCGCGUGCGCCGUCAACCGUCGGCUCCUCUUAACCCCCAUCGCGUCACUGGUGGUGCGGCACCGCGCUAACGGCGACGUAAUUCAGCGGAUGGACGCGUUGGUGCUGUCGUUUGCGGCGGGCUUCUGCGGGCAGGCGGCGGCCGUGGUGGUGCGGCUGCGACCCACGCUGGUGUUCCUGGAGCGACUGCUGCUUGCGCUGCUCGAGCCCCAGAUAGGCCGCCGGAAUACGCGCGUGCUGCUAGCGCUGGACCUGUGACACGGAGAGGGGGAUGAGGAGGGGAAGGGGUGCGCGGGGAGCGAAGAGGCGAUGAAAAGUCUGCGUGUAGGAAUGUUAUUCUUUACCCUGUACAGAUUAGGUGUGAGAAUUGCUGUGAAUAUAUCACUCUACAGCUGUUUAUUGGCAUACUGCACCCUUCUGCCAGCAUGGGUUGGUGCAAGGUAGGGAUGAGCAAAACCGGUUUUGCCAUACCCAACCGGGUAUUUUCGGGUCAGGUCCGGGUCGGGUAAUUCUUAAAGAGAGAGACUAUAAUAGUGACCCCCC